AUGUCUACAGAGUGCAAACAUUGUUCGUCGUGUACAUCAGCAUUACAGCAAUCAGCUAAGCGUCUAAACAGUCAACAACGUUUGGAAGAUCGGAAUACAGCACGGGAGCAACGAGAACAAGAUCUUAAUAUAUCAACAACACAAAGAGAACAAGACAAAUUAAUUGCACGACUUCAGCGAGAGGAAGUUGAAAUACGGCGUUGCUCAAUAUUUGAAUAUAUCUGCAAUAUGUCUCGAAAGCAACGUGAGCAUGAAGUUGGCCUCGAAGAGAAGCGUCACCAAGAGACGUUUGCCCAACAGAAGCAUGAAUUAGAAUUGGACGAAAAACGUCACAAAGAUACACUUGUCUAA